AUGGUGAAGAAAUCUCUCAACGGCGGGGUUUACCCAACUCAAGCCGGGGAGAAGAAGCACAAAGUCGGUUUUGUUGGAUUGGACCCCGGGGCUCCUGAAUCCAGCAGGGACGGGGCGCUGCUCAUUGCGGGCUCGGACAGCACCAAGCGGAACAGCAUCCUCUGCAGACCGAGGUCCAGCAUCUCCGCCGGGAGACCCCGACCAUCGAAGAAAAAUGCCAGCUAUCGGAAACUACAGAGUUUCCUCUACAAUGCGCUGGAGAGACCGCGGGGAUGGGCGUUCAUCUACCACGCUUAUGUCUUCCUCUUGAUCUUCUCCUGUCUCAUCCUCUCAGUGUUUGCCACCAUCAGAGAGUUCAAGAAUAGCUCAGAGAGUGCCUUGUACAUCCUGGAAAUAGUGACCAUCGUGGUGUUUGGAGUGGAGUACAUCGUGAGGAUAUGGGCGGCUGGCUGCUGCUGUCGGUACAGAGGAUGGAGCGGGAGGCUCAAGUUCGCCAGAAAGCCUUUCUGUGUCAUAGACAUCAUGGUGCUGAUCGCCUCAGUGUCAGUGCUGGCGGCCGGUUCUCAGGGCAAUGUGUUCGCCACCUCGGCCAUCAGGAGUUUGAGAUUCCUGCAGAUCCUGCGCAUGCUGCGUAUGGACCGCCGGGGGGGCACCUGGAAGCUGCUGGGAUCUGUAGUUUACGCCCACAGCAAGGAGCUCAUCACAGCGUGGUACAUCGGCUUCCUGUGCCUCAUCCUGGCUUCAUUCCUGGUCUACUCCGUGGAGAAGGAUUCAAAUACUGAGUUUGAGACCUAUGCUGAUGCCCUUUGGUGGGGACUGAUAACUCUCACCACCAUUGGUUAUGGUGAUAAGGUUCCAAAGACCUGGAAUGGUCGCAUGCUGGCAGCCGCGUUCAGCAUGAUCGGGGUGGCCUUCUUUGCACUUCCUGCUGGCAUCCUGGGUUCUGGCUUUGCCCUGAAGGUACAAGAGCAACACAGGCAGAAACAUUUUGAGAAGAGACGUACCCCUGCAGCAGGCCUCAUCCAGGGUGCUUGGAGGUUUUAUGCUACCAACCUUUCCCGGACAGAUCUGAUGUACACUUGGGAUUUUUACGAGCAGACUGUAGCGAUCCCAAUGUACAGACUCAUUCCACCUCUGAAUCAGCUGGACCUGCUGAGGAAUCUGAAGGGAAAGUCAUUCAGGAAGGACUCUCAAGCUGAAACCUCGCCCAGUCGGAAGUCCAGCCUGAAGGACAAGGUGUUCCCAAGUCCUUUCAAGGCUCCCGUCGCCAAGGGGAAAGCUCAGUCUCCGGAGGAGGGGGCCGAGGCCAGUCCAAGCAAAGUUGCAAAGAGCUUGAGUUUCAAUGAGAAGAACCGAGGGCCAAAGCACGCCUUCAAAGUCCGGGGCAGCGCCUCACGCCAAAACUCAGAGGCAAUUGAAGGUUUAAUAAAGGCCAGCCUCCCAGGAGAGGAAAUUGGUGAUGAUAAGAGCUGCCACUGUGAGUUUCUCACUCAGGAAUUACCUCCAGGCUUGAGGGUGACAAUAAGGGCAAUAUGCAUCAUGAAGUUUCUGGUGUCAAAGAGGCGGUUCAAAGAGAGCUUGCGGCCUUAUGAUGUCAUGGACGUGAUCGAGCAGUACUCGGCAGGUCACUUGGACAUGCUGUCCCGCAUCAAGAACCUGCAGUCCAGAGUUGACCAGAUAGUUGGUAAAGGGCCCAAAGGUGACGGAGAGGCUUCAGAUGACCAGAGCAUGAUGGGACGUCUGGUGAAAGUGGAGAAGCAGGUGGUCUCUAUGGACAGGAAACUAGAUUUCCUGGUCAAUGUGUACGUGCAACGUAUCCCUCGAUCAGAAACAGAUGCCUUUUUCAACUCCAAAGAGCCGUACCCAGCCCCGCCUUACCACAGCCCAGAGGAGGAGAAGGAGGGCAAAGAGGAGUUGAAGGAGGAGAAGGAGGUGCAGAUAUGCUCACCUGCAGAACUCCCCUGCUCUGACGGCUCUUUGGAAAAGAAAGAUCCUUUACUGGGUCGCUCAGUGGCGAUAUCGAUGGGCACUCCCUCUGGCAGCCACAGUCGCGCCUCUACCUCCUGGCAGCACCAGCUGCAGCACCCCCUCAGCCAGCCCGCCUGGAACAGCAGCGUGGCCAACUCCCCAUCACCAGUGGGAGGCAGCAGAGACCAUUCGCCCAACCUGUUCCGCCUCCCGCCUCCACCUGCUCCAGUUCACGAGCGAGGCUCUUCUGGCCCGGGCAGCAGAGAGAGCGACUCCCAGAGCAGGAGGCGCCACCGGAGGCCGAGGUGCCAGCAAGACGCCACCGCCGUAGAGAGCGAUACUUCUCUAUCCAUCCCAUCUGUUGACCACGAGGAGCUGGAUCGCUCCUUCAGCGGCUUCAGCAUCUCCCAGGCAAAGGAGGACUUCUUUGGGCCGACUUUCUUCACGGGCUCAGGAGGGGGUGCCAACGCAGCGCCUGAAGCCGCCGCUGCUCCUUCAAUCUGUGCCAGGGUACGACCCUUCAUAGCAGAGGGCGAAUCAGACACAGACUCCGACCUCUACGCCCCCUCACCUCUGUCCUUCACCGGAGAGGUCUCAUGCGGAGAAAGGGGGUGGCCCGGACUGAAGUAGGUCAGGAAGAACUGCUACGCCUGGCAGAGAGGCGCAUUAGGUGACCUAUCAUGUGACCUUGUAGCCAACUGACUGACUGUUACUGCUGACCGUGCUAUUUAAGGUUAAAAGUUAAGUCAGCGAUUCUAAAGAAAGGUUGUUGAUAUUUGAACUCAAUACCAACAAAUACCCUGCUCCAGAUUUACCAUCCCUCCCACUGCCUUUCCCUUUAUAAAUACAUCCAUGUUCUGCCCCCGGUUGCUGAUUGGCUGGAAUGGUGUUGUGUCCUUUUGCUUUUUUCACACUUACAGAACCAGGGCUGUGAAAGAACAAACACAGAGCAGACGGUUAGCAAACUCAAAGGGAGAUAUUUACUCAAGUUGACAAAAGUUUCAUUUGAUUAGAAUAGUGGAUUCCACCUUUAGGCGUAUGGUUAUAAUUAGCAGUUUAUAACUGGAAAUACAAUCAAAGGGUCGUUUGUAUCACCUUUUUUGUUUAUUAAGCAACGCUUAACUGCAUUGCAUCUAUCAGGAUCUUGUUUAAUUAGAAAAAAGCUAUUUAGGGACAUUUAUUAUCUUAAUUGGGGUCAUUUUAUUGAAUUUCUUAAAUGUGAUUUAUGACACUUCAUUUUGACAUUUUAUGAAACAAAAUCACCUUGAUUACCUUCCAGUGAGUGCACUUCAGCACUUCUCCUGUUACUCCAUUAAUACCAUUUCCCCUUAUGUGUGAUUUAGUCAUGCAAAAUUGUUUAAGUCCUGGUUAGCGUAGUGUCUUGCUAACUUCUAUACCUUUAAAUGACUUGAGGUGUUAUGAUGCCAAAACCCUAGCUAUGAUAAUCAAUUAGAUUCUUGCAGAGUAAAAAAGAAAUAUGCUUGCUUUUCAUCAUCGAUAACCCGGCUGGUGUUUACAGAAGGACUCCCCCUCAAAGUAUUGCUUUGAUACUUCCCCAUCGAAAAAUGAACCGGCUGCAUGGCAUGUUACUGUUGGUGAUUUAUUUAAAGAGUGCAGGAUACAAAACCAGCCAUGAGUCGGCAGACAAAUUCCAUGAGAAUUUCUCUUAAAUACAGACAUACAUAAAAAUGUGCAUGCAUGAGUGGUUUCAAGCUACAGUUUUUAAAGGGGCUCAAUUACAAUCAUUUCAAUGCAGCCUAGCUUGUUGAUUUCAAUGGCUUUCUUUUUCUAGGCAAAACCAAAUUAUUUUCACAUGAAAUACAAGGACAGAUGCCACAUAUGGAAACAAUAUGGGCUCAAAUGGGCAUUAGCUCAUUUAUUUUGUACUGUUAUCCUACAACAUGCAGUGUUGAGGUUGGACUGUCUAAUGGGACAUGAUGGUGUUAAGCCUGCAAUGCAUAAGUCAGUCACCUAGACUCUCUGCUGCUAUGUCACUUCUGCACUUAACGAGGAAAUGCAAUAACAAGCAAGCAAGGCAAGCAAGAAACCAUCCUUUACCAACAUCUACAUGGCCUUAUCUUUCACACAAACACCUAUUGUUUAUAAGUAAAUAUAAAUGUACUUUCAUAAAAGUAGUGCAAGUGCAUUGUUGCAUAGGACGCCCUGUGGCCUGAGUGCAGAUUUUUAGUCGAGUAAUGCUAAAAGCAUGGGAUUCGGAUCUGAAGCAUGAACAGUUGUUAUAAAAACUAACCCGAGUCAUAGGAAAUUAUAAAGUUUUAACAUUAACAUGAUUUAGUAGAGACUGUUCACACAAGAUUUUUUUCAGAAACAAACCUGCUGGCAUGUUUUCUACAACCCAAAGAGAGGACCUGUAGAGUUUUACAUGAAACAGUAGCUCUUAGUUCAACACCAUCAUGUAACUGUACCUUCUUCUAAAAUAAUAAAACUUUGUACAUCACUGAAAA